GAGGUUCAUUCAUUCAAUCAGUUUUAAUCUUUUUAGCUUCUCCUUUGCUCGUUUUGUACUUAUAAAUAUUUUCAUUUCAUUGUUAAUACAUUUUUAGAACAUUAUUAUUAGAAAAACCAAGUUUUCUCAAUUAAUUUAAUCGAUAUUGUAAGCGUAAAAGUAACGGGCUAGUGUAUUUCGUUAUAAUGGCGCAUUAUAAAGGUGCUGCCUCCGAGGCAGGUCGAGCAAUGCACCUUAUGAAGAAACGAGAGAAAGCUCAGCAAGAAAUAGAACUGCGGAAGAAGAAAAUAGAAGAGGAUUUAAAAAUUGAUAACAUUGAAAAUAAGUUUGCAACCCAUUACGAUGCUGUAGAGCAACAAUUAAAAAGUUCUACCAUAGGUUUGGUAACUCUUGAUGAGAUGAAGGCGAAACAGGAACAUAUAGUCCGGGAGAGAGAAAAGAAACUGGCACAAAAGAAGGCUGAAAAAGAGAAAGAGAGACAAAAGGAAAUAGAAGCUAAACAGGCACAGAAAAACAAACAGAAACGACAGAUUCAAGCACUGUCAUUUGAUAUGAAUGAUGAAGAAGACGAUGAUGGGUCAGAUGAAGAUAUAAAAAAAGAAGAACCAGAAAAAAAUUGGCGGGAAAAGGAGGAGCCAGUAUUAAAGAAAAUAAAGAAGAAUCCUGAUGUGGACACAUCAUUUCUACCUGACAGAGAACGUGAGGAAGCAGACUUGAAGCUGAGAGAGGAGCUCCGUUUAGAAUGGGUUAUGACCCAGGCCAGCCUGAAAGAUGAACCAAUUACAGUCACAUUUAGUUAUUGGGAUGGCUCAGGGCACAGACGAAAUGUUACUCUAAAAAAAGGGAACUCCAUUUACCAAUUCCUGCAGCGUUGUUUGGACACUUUAAGGCCAGAGUUUAGUGAACUGAAGACUGUCUCUGCUGACCAGCUCAUGUAUGUGAAGGAAGAUCUUAUUCUGCCACAUCAUUAUACAUUUUAUGAUUUUAUUGUUACAAAGGCUCGUGGAAAAAGUGGUCCCUUAUUUCAAUUUGAUGCAUCAGAUGAUGUAAGAUUAGUUAAUGAUGCUACACAAGAGAAGCAAGACUCCCAUGCUGGCAAAGUAUUAUUAAGAUCCUGGUAUGAAAGAAACAAACACAUUUUCCCAGCAUCCAGAUGGGAGCCAUAUGAUCCUACAAAAACAUAUUCAAAAUAUACAAUUAAAGGAAAAUAAAUUACAUAAAUGUAAUAAACUAUACAUCAAUAUUGUAGGUACUUGUACAAAGCAAUUUAAGUUAACAAAUGAGCAGUAAUUCGGGCAAUAAAAUUAAUUUACUUAAAUAUACAUAUACCACCUUAAA